CGGACUGUGAUAUGUAAUAUUGAAUGGUGCAGAGAGUGCCAUGCGCAAUGCACGGCAAUUUGCAAGUCGCGGUGAGCAAGGCCGGUGACGAAGUCAUGCUAUGUGACGGCACAGUCGAAAGUGUAUGUGCGCCGUAACCGCAGAUGCCAAAUCAAGCCGUCGCCGUUGACGCCGCUGCGAUCUCCAUCGGUGUCACAGAAUGCGCGUGGGUAUCUCGCACGAUGAGAGGUGGGAGAGACUGCUCUUAUGGAAGGAUGGGUUGGCUGUGCCUUCCCGGCACUCCGACAGCAGGCAAAACAAGAUGCCUCGCCGUAAUGCGAACUCGGCCUCGUGCCCUGGUGGUGUGUGUCACAGUCGUCGCCAUGGAGGAUGGCACACACAGAAGUGGGCCUCAGGGGUUGCGGCGGGAAAGGGAGGGAGGAGUGAGUCUGAGCACAAAGGAACCCAUGCGUCUGGAAAGGACAUCGUGCGCCACGGCCCGCGACGGGCCACUGGCCAGGGUGUCCAUUUUUGUGUGUGCGGCAGGCGUUUCCUCGGAAAAAUCGACGACUCGGCAAAAUAGCCGAACAGAGGGACGGAUGGGCGAGCUGAGAGAGACGAAGAAGCCAGCUGGGGCGUAAACAAGGAGGAUUGAGCCCGUCGCAGACAAUAAUAAUAAUGUUGCGGUGCGGUGAAGCUGCUGACGAGAGCGGUUCGUGUUGGUCUCGCCCGGGGGGAAGAGGGGUGAAAGAAGAUGGAGGGGAUGGGGGAGGUGAGGGUGGGC